GGCAUUGAAGAGCUAAGGGUAAUAGGUAGGAGGUAGGGAACAGUAGGUGAAAACAUGGCAUUGGGUUUGGUUGGAAAGAUAGGUAGAGAUAAAUCAUUGGAAAUGAGAGUCAUGGCAUUUCGAUUGAAUUAUGAAAAAGAAUAGGGACAUGAUUUCAGAGAGAAAGUAUGAAUUUGGAGAAAAUUCAGUGAAUGGGUUUAGAAAGACUUAAUAGAGGUGGGCUUACGAGCCAAAAGGUAUCACUUUGGGAAGAGUAUAAGGGAAUUCGGAGGGGUAAAGGAGGUGUUUGGAAAGGAGACAGCUGAUACAUACAGGCCUUUAGCCUAGGUAUCAGAAGCAGCCUAGGAUAUUGAUUUGGGGCUUUUGCUGUAUAUGGCACCUAGUCUGGUGACCAGCUUGCAAGAAUAGUGGGGUAGGGGUAGAGGAGGAGAAAAAUAGAACGCUUUCAUCGCUUCUACUCUGAUUUCCUUUCUCCCUCUCUUACUCUUCCUACACUCAUCUCUUCCUGAACUCAGGGAUGGGGGCUUGGGACUUGAGCGGUACAUGUUGGAGCCCCAUUGGGAGUCAUGUUGCUCUGAAUUGCUUGUUAUGUUCUCUAACUGGGGUGUUUACUACCCAGGGCACCUCCUACCUAGAUUGCUGCGUUGCUACUUUCCUAACUUUAAAAGUUUGUUUUCUACUUAACAGAGGGUGUUUCAGUAUCUCCAGAGGUUGUGUCAUAGUAAGUGUAGGUUUGUGGGGGUGUACAGAGUUUUCUGGGCAAGCUCACUUGAUUCCUAUACUUAAAAACUUUGCAGUAGUGUAAGAAUUCUUGUAAAGACGGUUUAAGCACAGAAAAAUAUACUAAACUGAAGUUUGUUUUGUUAAAUGUGUGUCUUAUCCACUCAUAUUCUUGGAGUUUGUUAAAUGGAUGGUUGCAGUUAGUUUUACUUAGCUUAUGUUAUAUAUUUUUAAAUGGUGUAAAUAAGAUGGACAUAUAUUUCAGGAAAGUGAAAAACUUUCAGUUUCUUCCUUUGUGUCUAAACUCAGAAGCCAAAGAUAUGUCAUAAUAUCUUAGGGCAGGGGCUGGGGAAAUCAAACACAAUUUGUACUUAAACAUGGGAGGAUGUAAGCUCCGCUCUGCUAUAUGAAAUAUGGGAGACGACAGACCAUUUGUGUGCAAUGCCCCGGGCUGUGGACAGAGAUUUACAAACGAGGACCACCUGGCAGUUCAUAAACACAAGCAUGAGAUGACAUUGAAAUUUGGCCCAGCCCGAACUGACUCAGUCAUCAUUGCAGAUCAGACUCCUACUCCGACUAGAUUCCUGAAGAAUUGUGAGGAGGUGGGGCUCUUCAAUGAAUUAGCUAGCUCCUUUGAACAUGAAUUCAAGAAAGCUGCAGAUGAGGAGGAAAAAAAGGCUGCUGCAGGGCCCCUUGACAUGUCUUUGCCUUCCACACCAGACAUCAAAAUCAAAGAAGAAGAGCCAGUGGAGGUAGACUCAUCCCCACCUGAUAGCCCUGCUUCUAGUCCCUGCUCCCCGCCACUCAAGGAAAAGGAGGUGGCCCCAAAGCCUGUCGUGAUCUCUACCCCCACACCUACCAUCGUGCGCCCUGGCUCCCUACCUCUCCACUUGGGCUAUGAUCCACUUCACCCGACCCUUCCCUCCCCAACUUCUGUCAUCACACAGGCUCCACCAUCUAACAGGCAGCUGGGGUCUCCCACUGGCUCCCUCCCUCUCGUCAUGCAUCUUGCGAAUGGACAGACUAUGCCUGUGCUGCCAGGGCCUCCGGUACAGAUGCCUUCUGUUAUAUCGCUGGCCAGACCUGUGUCUAUGGUGCCCAACAUUCCUGGUAUCCCUGGCCCACCAGUUAACAGCAGUGGUUCCAUUUCUCCCUCUGGCCACCCUAUGCCAUCAGAAGCCAAGAUGAGACUAAAAGCCACCCUAACCCACCAAGUCUCCUCAAUCAAUGGUGGAUGUGGAAUGGUGGUGGGUACUGCCAGCACCAUGGUGACGGCCCGUCCUGAGCAGAGCCAGCUCCUCAUCCAACACCCUGAUGCCCCAUCCCCUGCCCAGCCACAGGUCUCACCAGCCCAGCCCACUCCCAGCACGGGAGGGCGACGGCGACGCACAGUGGAUGAAGAUCCUGAUGAACGGCGGCAGCGUUUUCUGGAGCGCAACCGGGCUGCAGCCUCCCGCUGCCGUCAAAAGCGGAAGCUCUGGGUGUCCUCCCUCGAGAAGAAGGCAGAGGAACUCACUUCUCAGAACAUUCAGCUGAGUAACGAAGUCACGUUGCUACGCAAUGAGGUGGCUCAGUUGAAACAGCUACUGUUAGCUCAUAAAGACUGCCCGGUUACUGCACUACAGAAAAAGACCCAAGGCUAUUUAGAAAGCCCCAAAGAAAGCUCAGAGCCGACGGGUUCUCCAGCCCCUGUGAUUCAGCACAGCUCAGCAACAGCCCCUAGCAAUGGCCUCAGUGUUCGCUCGGCGGCUGAAGCUGUAGCUACCUCGGUCCUCACUCAGAUGGCCAGCCAAAGGACAGAACUGAGCAUGCCGAUACAGUCGCAUGUGAUCAUGACCCCACAGUCCCAGUCUGCGGGCAGAUGAUGCCUCCCCUGGUGGAGAGGUCCCCAGUCAGAGCUCGCCCGCCCGAGAGCCAAGAGAGAUGUCAUCGUAUCGCCUCCCGUCUGCCUUGGACAUGGCAACAUCGGGGGGGGGAAAUUGUGUGUUGUGAGUAACGGACAGAUGCAGGGCUUUUCAGCCACAUGGUCAUGUACAUUAAUACCUGUACUAGGAGCCUCCCAGCCCCAGAGCCACAUAGAUCAUCCCCUACGGGGGCAGUUUCUGAUGCACCCACAGCCAAAGGCCUUUCCAGAUGGUCCGAACAAUCACCCCUGCCUGUGCAUGUGUACCUGUCUCUUUUAACACUAACCCUUGCACUGCUAGAUUUUGGGUUUCUCAGUUCCCUCUCUUCCCACUAAGCCAUGGCUGUUACCUUCCUGUUCCUUAGCAGCACGCCACUUCCUGCUAGGUAGAGGGAGGCUAGUAUUGAUGGCAGGUCACCCGCUGGCCUGCCCCAGCCACCCAGUGGGCUCAGGACUUGGUCUCCCAUUAAUUGCUUAUUUUAUCCCUUUACCCCCUUCCUGAAGUCUAGUUCAAACAUUCAUUUAUGGCGAAUGUAAAAUUACCCUUGAUGUAUGAAUUAGCAGUAUUUUCCAGCUCUUCCAUAAACUUUAGUCCUUCUCCCUACCUGCCACCAAAAAAAACCAAAAACAAACAAAAAAACAAAAAGAAAGAAACAAAACCCCAAGAAUUUUAGUCCUUUUUCAGCUAUUUCCAGAGCUAUUUGGGUCUCUCGUUUUGUGUCUUGAGUUUUCUCAGUCUACUGGUGGGGCCCUUUCCACCUACCACUAAGCCUUGGCAAGAUCAUCUUGUGGCCUUAUUAGCUCUUGCUCGUUGGUGAAAAGGGAAAGUGCCCCGGGUGUGACUGGCUGACCUGCCUCCUCCGCAGUCCACCCUCCUGCAGUGAUCAUUAGGGCAGGCAGGAACAGGAGAGUUUGACGCUCGUUCUGUCAGGUUACUGGAUUGAUUCUUUAUGUCUUAAAAGAGUUUACUGGCCAAAGCAUACAUAACUCCUUUUGGUCGUCUGUCCGCACCUGCCUCUCCCUCUUUGUUCCCCUGCCCGGGUCACUGCCUCUGUCUCUCUCCAGGUGCAGCCCUCUGGAGCUGUUGUGUAAGGCACUCUUGCACUUCCUUGCUCUUCUCCCAUCUCCCAGCCUCACCCAGCUGUCUUCUUUUCCGGGCUAGGGUCUUCUGUUCGCAAGUGUCCCUCACCCUGGAUCUCCCUUCUCUCGUUCACCAGGCUCCUAGGCUAGCCGCUAGGUCUCUCUGCUCCUGUAGUAUUUCUUCAGCUCUCCUCUGCUUUCUGCCCCCCUAGAUGCAGUGUGUCCCCAGAGGCCUGGCCCCACGACUCUGAGGCAUCAGAGCCAGGGUCCUGAGUGGGUUUUCUUGAGGGUGAGGUAGGAUGGGAAGAGGCAGGAAAGAGGAGGUGCAGUAUUGAUCUCAGCAGAAGACCCCUGUUUGGUGAAGGUCUGGCCUGCCUGGGAAAUUGGUGACUGUUGCUCUCAGCCAUUCUUACUGUGAGGAGUUAGGUUACAGGGGGAGAAAUUCAUCCCUCUUGUCCCUCUUUCUUCCCCAUUAAGACUUCUCAUCUUCCUUUGGCUCUGAACUAUGCAGUUUCUACCAGGGCCAUAGGAAGCAAUCCAAAGCCAGAGGCCUGUGGAUAGAUAGGUCAGCUUUAAUAGCCUGUCAGUAUGAAUCCCUUCCAGUUGUCCCAGAGCCACCUUCUGCCAUCUGCCCAAGCCAAGAAUGUCCUUUUCUCCCUCUCUCCUACCUCCAUCUUAAAUUUACAUACAGAAUAACUGCCAGCUUCCUUUCUUAGUUUGUCUUCCAGAAUUGGCUGUCAUGGGGGAAUGAGGGAACGUUCUAAGCUGCAAGAUUCCCAUCUUCAUAGAUGAUACACUGGUGAGCCAGGCAGAGGACAUGUUCUAUUGCGUCUGUUUUAAUUUCCCCUCCUGCUUCUCAGAGCCGGUGCUGAGCAAGACACACCUGGUGAAGAGAAAGGAGAGAAAACAUGAUUUUCUCAUCCUCUACCACCCGGGACCCAACAGGAACAGCCCCUGAGGUGACUCAAUCUAGCAAAUGGCAUGGCAGAUGGUCAGGAUGCCACUUACCACCUCCAGGGACUUCAUUUGCCUUUAACAGUUCACAGCCAUAACUUGUACUCAGGACUUUUCCUUUAGACGGCUGUGCCCUGGGACUUCUGCUUUAGUUGUGUUUCAUUUUUUACUUUCUUGAUUUCCCACCAGCAGCCUUGCCCUAAAGCUUGACUGAGUUUAUGGCUCCUAAGGAGCCUUCGUAAGACCCUUGACUAUUUUUCUUCCCACUUUAGUCAAGUGUUUUUCAAGAUAAGAAUCCUUUUGUCACUGCACACAUGCCCUGCCUUACUGCUUGGCCUUGGAGGAAGUUUGAGUCCUGUCUGUCUGUCUGUCCCUGGGUAGGAUAGCUAAUUUAUUUAGAGGGUCUUAUUUAGUUUCUUAGUCCCCACGUCUCAUUCUCUUGAGUCCUUACUUCAUUUUCAUUGGUAGGAAGUUAUUGGGGACCUAAAUGAGGGGCAUUGCCAGAACCUAAGUAGUAAAGCGGUAGGAAGGGGCAGGACAGAACCUCCUAGAUCACUCUUUAGUUGGUCCGUGACUAUUGCUUAUCCUGAGACUCUGUCAUAGUUAAGGGGAAUGUCACGUACCUUGUUACUGCUGCCAGCCCUGUGGCCACUCCCCUUCCCCUCUGCUUUCCAAACUCAUCUGGACCAGAACCAAACAUCAUGGAGGGUGUCACUUAGCCCUUCUUACUGACCAUGGCCUUUCUAGGGGCCUAAGGGAAGAUACUUUCUGAAAGGAGCUGGGAGUAUGGAUGCCUUGGGACUCUUCUGAGUGAACACAAGACUCCGGCCUCCCGCCUCAUCUGAGAGAGACAGCUGGUAGAUAACCAAGGCCAUAGAGAAAGGUACCAGACCAGGUUUGCAGUCUUGCAGACUUUGUCCUAGUCCUUUCAAAGAAAGCUUGCUCGGAAUUGAAAAGUCUAGGAAAGCUUCCCUCACUGCUAAAGAAAGCUAGAAAAAUAGGCCCUCCCUUACUCUUUCCCUGUUGGUUGUAUGCCCCAAAUCUGGCUUCCUUCAGCCUCCACUCCUCUCCUUGGCCCUGAGCACUAGACCAUAUACUCCUGGUAGUGGUAAACAAGGAGAUGGCCUCACUGAACCUCUUUCACCUUGCCGCCUCCCCUGUGCCUGUUCUGUUGUUCUUGGCUCCUAUCCUGAUUCACUGCCCUCCAGCACCACCCAUCCUGGUUGACAGGGUACUUAACUAUAACCAUGCCCUGUCUAUAGCCUGAACCACCAAGCAGACACCAAAAUAUUCCUCCUGUGGUUUCUGAGGCUCCCGUGCUCCACACUGAGAGGCUCCUUUAAAGGUGCUAGCCCUGAGACCGCCCUUCCCCCCGAAAGCUCCCUCUUUCUUUCAUGACUUCCUUCCCAUCCCCAAAUCAUUAUUUUUCAUUAAUAUUGUACAUUGUAUACACAGGAAGGAAAUGUAUUCUUUUUUUUUCUUUAAUUUCAUAACCAGUCCGUUUAGAAUCCAGUCCUCCUAGUUAUAUCACAUAUGCCUUUGUUGAUAUGCUCUUUCUGCUUUCUUUAGACUUUUGUUUGACAGGGGCGGAGGGAGGAACAGGACAGGCGAGGGUCCUAAGGCAGAGUAGAGGAUCCCCCUUCCUACUUCAGCCUCCCACAACCCUAACCAUCCCUCUCAUAGUAUAGAACUGAUUUCUCUCUGUUUGUGUUUGCACACAUGCAUGUACACAGACAUAAAUCCCCACCCACCCACCCACCCCUGAGUGGUGGCCCAGCAGGAAUGAGCAUCAGCUGCUGGCCACCAUUCCCACCCCGUUACCAGGUCGUUCGUCGCUCUUUGGGGUAAAAUGCUACCCCAGAUUGAGAAGAAGCUGGGGAGAGUAGGGCAGGUUAAGGCGGCUAUGUCCUCUGUAGGUGCAGGUUUGUAUUUAGCUGCUAGGGUUUUUAUUUUAUUUUUUUAAUGGGGAGCUGGUAGCACAGAGCUGUCUCACCACCAUUAGCUACUGGUGAGUGCUGUUUCAGCUGUAAGAAAUGGCUAGGAGCACCAGUUCCGUUGGCUUUCCCUUAGGGUGGUAGUUCUCAGGAUGUGGUCCAGGACCGGUAUGGCACCAGCAGCACCAGCAUCUGGGAGCUUGUUAGACAUCACGUUUGGCCCCACCACAGACCUAUUGAAUCAGAAACUCGGGCUGGGCUCUAACAAGCACUCCACGUGAUUCUAAUGCACACUAAAGUGUGAGAACCAUUUCCUUAGGGGCAAGCUGGGACAUCCUUGCAGGGUGUCAGGGAUAUUUUAAGUACCAUCCUCUGCCUGAGCACUAACACAUUUUUCCAUUUCCUCCAGUCCCUCUCUCCACCCCCAUUAAAACAACAACCACGUCAUUCAUCUCAAAAUCUAGGUUUGUCUUCCUUCUACUUCCUCCUAAAACCUGUCCUGCUUUGGUCUGGACAGGAAUUGUCCCAUAUUCCCUUGCAGACUGGUCACUCCACAUUCUUUGUUACAGGAAGGACCGGCUGGAGCUCUAGCUGUCCUGUACACACACACACACACACAUACACACACAUACACACACAUCUACACACCCCUUUCUGGCAGGGAGAUGAGCCUCCAGCCCCAACAGUUGAGGCUGCUGCCUCCUUACAUAGUAUCUGUUGCAAGAAAGCCGUGUGUAUCUAUGGUUAUAUCUCUGUUCAUCUGUAUCUCUCUGACAUGUAGCAGCGCCUCUCCAUCUCAUCAAGAAACGCAACUCUGGGUCUGGGUCUCCUCCAGUCCCCAGGGGUGGACUUUGACAUGUGCAAGGAUGUAGUGCUACAGGCUGUUUUGUUACAAAACUGUCUCGUCCCUUUCCCUGCCACCCAACUCAGCAUGAUCCCUGUGAGCAGGCUCUCACAAUCUCCUGGGAUGGGCUGAGGCAGAGGCUUCACUCUCUUCUCCCUCCUCCUCCCCUCUCCAAUCCCCCUUACCACCCAGCAGUUAUCCCCCCAGCCAUGCCUUCUCCCGCUCCCCCUCGCCCUGACAUAUAUUGUGCCUUAUUUAUGCUGCAAAUAUAACAUUAAACUAUCAAGAGAACCAC